CGGCGGUUUCUCGGCGGCCUCGCGCUGCUCCGUGAGCGGCGGGUGGCGGGCAGGCCCGGGCCUUGACUCUCGACGCUCCCCCUCCCCCACCUCGGCGCGAUUUCUGAAGUGAAGACUCAUUCUGAAGAUGUUUAAUAAAGCAUUCGGAACACCCUUUGGGGGUGGCACAGGUGGAUUUGGCACAACUUCAACAUUUGGGCAGAAUACUGGCUUUGGCACUACUAGUGGAGGUGCCUUUGGAACAUCUGCGUUUGGUUCAAGCAACAAUACUGGAGGCCUAUUCGGUAGCUCACAGACCAAACCAGGAGGAUUAUUUGGUACCAAUUCAUUUAGCCAACCAGCUACCUCCACAAGCACCGGCUUUGGGUUUGGAGCAUCAACAGGAACGUCAAGUAGCUUGUUUGGAACUGCAAAUACAGGGACCAGUCUUUUCUCAUCCCAGAACAAUGCCUUUGCACAAAACAAACCAACUGGCUUUGGGAAUUUUGGAACAAGUACAAGCAGUGGGGGACUUUUUGGAACUACAAAUACCACCUCUAAUCCAUUUGGUAGCACAUCUGGCUCUCUUUUUGGACCAAGUAGUUUCACUGCUGCUCCCACUGGGACUACCAUUAAAUUUAAUCCUCUUACUGGUACAGAUACUAUGGUCAAAGCUGGAGUUAGCACCAAUAUCAGUACCAAGCACCAGUGUAUUACUGCUAUGAAAGAAUAUGAAAGCAAGUCUCUAGAGGAACUUCGUUUAGAGGACUAUCAGGCUAAUCGGAAAGGCCCACAGAACCAGGUGGGAGCAGGUACCGCAACUGGCUUGUUUGGGUCUUCUCCAGCCACUUCAAGUGCUACGGGACUCUUCAGCUCCUCCACCACUAAUUCAGCCUUUUCUUAUGGCCAAAACAAAACUGCCUUUGGAACCAGUACAACUGGAUUUGGAACAAAUCCAGGUGGUCUCUUUGGCCAACCAAAUCAGCAGACUACCAGCCUCUUUAGCAAACCAUUUGGUCAAGCCACAACCACUCAAACCACUGGUUUUUCCUUUGGUAAUACCAGCACCUUAGGACAGCCAAGUACCAACACCAUGGGCUUAUUUGGAGUAACCCAGGCCUCACAGCCUGGAGGUCUUUUUGGAACGGCUACAAACACCAGCACUGGAACAGCAUUUGGGACAGGAACAGGGCUCUUUGGGCAGACCAGUACUGGAUUUGGUGCUGUUGGUUCGACCCUGUUUGGCAAUAACAAGCUUACCACAUUUGGAACCAGCACAACCAGUGCUCCUUCAUUUGGUACAAACAGUGGCGGGCUCUUUGGUAACAAACCAACUCUGACUUUAGGAACCAAUACAAACACUUCUACUUUUGGUUUUGGCACAAAUACCAGUGGGAAUAGUAUCUUUGGAAGUAAACCAGCAGCUGGAACUCUGGGAGCUGGACUUGGCACAGGAUUUGGAACAGCUCUUGGUGCUGGACAGGCAUCUUUGUUUGGAAACAACCAACCUAAGAUUGGAGGGCCUCUUGGUACAGGAGGCUUUGGGGCCCCUGGAUUUAAUACUACGACAGCCACUUUGGGCUUUGGAGCCCCCCAGGCCCCUGUAGCUUUGACAGAUCCAAAUGCUGCUGCUGCCCAGCAGGCCGUUCUCCAACAGCACCUCAAUAGUCUCACAUACUCACCCUUCGGAGACUCCCCGCUCUUCCGGAAUCCUAUGUCAGACCCUAAGAAGAAAGAAGAGAGAUUGAAACCAACUAAUCCAGCAGCCCAGAAAGCUCUUACCACACCUACUCAUUAUAAAUUGACACCUCGUCCUGCCACCAGAGUUCGGCCAAAAGCCCUGCAGACAACAGGCACCGCCAAGUCACAGCUCUUUGAUGGGCUGGAUGACGAUGAACCGUCUCUUGCCAAUGGAGCAUUCAUGCCCAAGAAAAGCAUUAAGAAACUGGUUUUAAAGAACCUUAACAAUAGCAACCUCUUUUCUCCUGUGAAUCGUGAUUCAGAAGAUCUUGCUUCACCAUCUGAAUAUCCAGAAAAUGGAGAAAGAUUUAGUUUCCUGAGCAAGCCUGUUGAUGAGAACCAUCAGGAUGGUGAUGAUGACUCUCUUGUAUCCCGUUUUUAUACCAAUCCCAUUGCAAAACCAAUUCCUCAAACCCCAGAGAGUGCUGGCAAUAAGCACAACAACAGUAACAGUGUGGAUGACACAAUCGUUGCGUUAAACAUGCGUGUUGCUCUAAGAAAUGGACUGGAAGGAAGCAGUGAAGAAACUUCUUUCCAUGAUGAGUCAUUACAGGAUGAUCGAGAGGAUGUAGAAAAUAACGCGUACCAUGUGCACCCAGCAGGAAUUAUUCUCACUAAAGUUGGUUACUAUACUAUUCCAUCCUUGGAUGACCUUGCUAAAAUUACCAAUGAAAAAGGAGAGUGUAUUGUCUCUGACUUCACUAUUGGUCGUAAAGGUUAUGGUUCAAUCUACUUUGAAGGAGAUGUGAAUUUGACGAAUCUAAAUUUAGAUGAUAUCGUGCAUAUCCGAAGAAAAGAAGUCAUUGUCUACAUUGAUGAUAACCAAAAACCCCCUGUGGGAGAAGGACUAAAUAGGAAGGCGGAAGUGACAUUGGAUGGGGUUUGGCCAACAGAUAAAACUUCCCGUUGUUUGAUAAAGAGCCCAGACCGUCUUGCUGAUAUCAACUACGAGGGGAGAUUGGAAGCAGUGUCAAGAAAACAGGGAGCCCAGUUCAAAGAGUACCGGCCUGAAACUGGUUCUUGGGUGUUUAAGGUCUCUCAUUUUUCUAAGUAUGGCCUUCAGGAUUCCGAUGAAGAGGAAGAGGAGCGUCCAUCUAAAACUAGCACAAAGAAGCUGAAGACUGCCCCUUUGCCCCCUGCUGGCCACACUACCCCCUUUCAGGCCGCUCUUAAUGGCAAACCUGCACCUCCACCUCAGAGUCAGAGCCCAGAGGUGGAACAGUUAGGGAGGGUUGUGGAACUGGACAGUGACAUGAUAGAUAUCACCCAGGAGCCAGUUUUGGAUUCCAUGCUAGAAGAGAGCGUGGCUGAAGAUCAGGAACCUGUGUCUGCUUCCACGCACAUUGCUUCUUCACUGGGAAUUAAUCCACAUGUUUUACAGAUCAUGAAAGCAUCAUUGCUUACUGAAGAAGAAGAUGUAGAUAUGAUGCUGGAUCAACGCUUCAGUCACCUUCCUUCCAAAGCAGAUACUUCUCAAGAAAUCUGUUCUCCCAGACUCCCCAUUUCAGCGUCCCACUCAUCAAAAUCGCGUUCGCUAGUUGGUGGAUUACUACAAUCAAAAUUUACAAGUGGAACUUUCCUUUCACCAAGUGCCUCUGUGCAAGAGUUUCAUACUCCCAGAGCGUCAUCUUUAAUGAGUGUCCCAGCCACAUCAACUUGGACCUUGCCUCCACCCCUGACUGCUGUGUUUACAGUGCCCAGCCCAGCCCCCGAGAUUCAGUUGAAAACAGUCGGUACACGCAGGCAACCAGGCCUAGUCCCUCUUAAAAAGUCUAUCACCUAUGGCAAGGGGAAACUCUUGAUGGACAUGGCUCUAUUUAUGGGACGCUCAUUUCGAAUUGGUUGGGGACCCAACUGGACUCUUGCUAAUAGUGGGGAGCAGCUGAGUGGCUCUCAAGAACUAGAAAAUCAUCGUGUUUCUGAUUCUAUGGAAUAUGGAUUUCUACCUAAUCCAGUGGUUGUUAAAUCCCUCACUGAGUCCCCAUUCAAAGUUCGUUUGGAAAAACUCAGUUUAAGAAAAAAGAAGCUGGAUGAAGAAGACCUGCAACUGUACCAGACACCUCUGGAACUCAAAUUAAAACAUAGUACUGUCAAUGUGGAUGAGCUGUGUCCUCUCUUUGUCCCCAGUCCUGGAGUUGAUAUCAUUCAUGACUAUGCAAAUUGGGUUAAGGAUGCGUCCAGAGACCUAAUGGAAUCACAGAUUGUGAAGCACUGGAGCCUCACAUGGACAUUAUGUGAAGCCCUUUGGGGACAUCUGAAGGAACUUGACGGCCAGCUGGAUGAGCCCAGUGAAUACAUUCAAAUUCUGGAGCGACGAAGAGCUUUCUCUCGCUGGUUGUCCCACACUGCUGCUCCUCAGAUUGAAGAGGAAGUCUCCUUAACUCAGAAAGACAACCCUGUGGAGGCUGUCUUUAGCUACCUCACAGGCAACAGAAUCGGAGAGGCCUGUUCCCUAGCCCAGCAGUCAGGUGACCAUCGCCUUGCCCUUCUUUUGUCUCAGUUGGUGGGCAGCCAGUCUGUCCGGGAGCUGCUCACCAUGCAACUCGUGGAUUGGCACCAACUCCAAGCUGACUGCUUCAUCCAGGAUGAGAGGCUGCGCAUAUUUGCCCUGUUAGCUGGAAAACCGGUGUGGCAGCUCUCAGAACAGAAACAAAUCAAUGUGUGCUCCCAACUGGAUUGGAAACGCUCCCUAGCCGUGCAUCUGUGGUAUUUGCUUCCACCAACAGCCUCCAUUUCCAGGGCUCUUGGCAUGUACGAAGAAGCAUUUCAGAAUACUUCCGAGGGUGACGGAUAUGCCUGCUGCCCACUUCCCUCCUACCUGGAGGGCUCUGGCUGUGUGGUAGAGGAGGAGGAGCGCGACUCACACAGACCACUUCAAGAUGUCUGCUUUCACCUUCUAAAGCUGUAUAGUGACAGGCAUUAUGACCUCAACCAGCUAUUGGAGCCUCGAAGCAUAACAGCCGAUCCUUUGGACUACCGCCUAAGCUGGCAUCUGUGGGAGGUGCUGCGGGCACUUAAUUAUACCCAUCUCUCCAAGCAGUGUGAGGGUGUGCUACAGGUCAGUUAUGCAGGCCAACUGGAAAGCGAAGGGCUCUGGGAGUGGGCCAUCUUUGUCCUCCUGCACAUUGAGAACUCAAGCAUGCGCGAGAAGGCUGUCCGAGAGCUGCUCACCCGGCAUUGCCAACUGGUGGAAACGCCUGAAUCUUGGGCUAAGGAGUCUUUCCUUACCCAGAAGCUUUGUGUGCCUGCUGAGUGGAUUCAUGAGGCCAAAGCAGUGAGAGCGCACAUGGAAUCUGACAAGCACUUGGAGGCCCUCUACUUAUUUAAAGCUGGUCACUGGAACCGUUGCCACAAAAUUGUCGUCAGACACUUAGCUUCUGAUGCUAUCAUUAAUGAAAACUAUGACUACCUGAAGGGGUUCUUGGAAGAUCUGGCACCUCCAGAACGCAGCAGCCUAAUUCAGGACUGGGAAACAUCCGGGCUUGUUUACUUGGAUUAUAUUCAGGUCAUUGAAAUGCUCCACCGUAUACAGCAGGUGGAUUUCUCGGGUUAUGAGCUGGAACAAUUACACACCAAAGUGACUUCGCUCUGCAACCGGAUAGAGCAAAUCCAGUGUUACAAUGCCAAGGAUCGCCUUGCUCAGUCAGAUAUGGCCAAAUGUGUCGCCAACUUAUUGCGGGUGGUACUGAGCUUGCAGCAUGCCCCUGAUGCCACUUCCGACUCAACGCCAGACCCUCAGCGAGUUCCUUUGCGUCUUUUGGCUCCCCACAUCGGCCGCCUGCCCAUGCCUGAGGACUAUGCCUUGGAGGAACUGCGCAGCCUCACACAGUCCUAUCUGCGAGAACUGACUGUUGGGAGCCAGUGAGACCUGGGAUCCUCCCACGGCCCUCAUGGGGUCAUUCAGGCUCACCAGACGUCCCCAACACUGUUCUGAUGGGCAACAUUUGCCAUUCUCCAGGGUGACUGCAGAACCGCCCUCCCUCCUUGCUGCCCCAUGGCAGCAUUCUUCAGUUUUUCAGGGCUUUUCUUAAUACCGAACGUACAUAAGGGCUUCUGGAACCCAGAAAAAGGAGGCAAGCCUCCUUUUACCAUUCUUUAAGACCAUACAACUGGUUUUUCUUUUUGAAAAUGGUCAAUAAAGCUCCUCUGGCAGAAUCCCUCCCAAAAACAAACACGGAAUCGUUUUCCACCUCUAGCAUUCUGAAUUGUGAUUCUCCAUGCUGACCUGCCACCUGCUCCUGCCCCAACCUAUUUAUACCAGAACUCUUCACAAGUGACAAGCAAUGAGACAGCUGUGUUGAUCCGGACUACCCUUCCUCGAUAGGGGAACUAUCCACAAUGAAUCUGUCUCAGAUAGAUGGGUCAGUUAACACUGCCAUUUAGGAUCAAGAAGGUUGAACAGAGGAAACAAGGGUCUCUUCAACACUUACACAGUAGAAGUGACUGCCCACCAUGGAUAGAUGAUCUUUGAGGCUUGUUUUGUUCUUGCCUCGGAUGUCCAUGAACACCGUACUUUGCCUACAGCCGUGAGCAAAAGUCCUUGUUCACAUUGCACAUGUCAGUGAGAAGCUUUCAGAACUCGGUUUGGACCCUUGGCGUCAGUCAUCUUGGUGGGACUCCUGUCUGGAUUCGCCUGAAGAUAAAAC